GCUGCAAGAGCUGCAAGCGUUGCAGCCCUGCGAUGUUGUGUGUGCCUGCUGAGUGUGUCUGUCUGCUCUGCUGCAACCCGAGUCCUAUAGUGAAUAAUGCAGAGCAGAGCAGCUGAAUGAAUAAUGCAUUGUGCAAGUUUACUAGCACUGCUGUUAGCUUAACCAGAGCUGGAAGGAAGGAACCUGUGGCUGCCUCUGUCUGUCUCACUCUCUGACUAUCUGACUAUCUGACUGACUGACUGACUGGUACAAGGAGAACAUGUCCCACUACCAUUUUCUCAAAUGCUGUUGUUUUCAGCUAUGUAACGUGUUUCGUCAGAACAUGGAGAUCGACCAGUGUCUGCUGGAGUCUCUCCCGUUUGGCCAGCGCCAGCGUCUGAUCAGGAGGAUGCGCUGUGACCAAAUAAGGGAGUACUAUGAGCGGGAGAAGACCCUGCAGAAACUGGGAGGAGGAGUCAAGGUAAACGCCCCGCCUACCAGCCACAUGAAGAGACACAGCAUUCGCUUCAGCCUCGGUGACAUCAUACAGGACGCCAUCGUACGCCACGACGACAAAGAAGUGCUGCGUCUACUGAAGGAGAGAGCUGACCCCAACACACCUAUCUCCUCUGGAGGAUCCCUUCUACACCUGUGUGCUCGUCAUGACAAUGUGUUUGCGGCUGAGGUUCUGAUCGAGCGAGGGUUAAACGUCAACCUGCAGGAUGAGGACCUCUGGACAGCCCUGCACAUAGCGUGUGUGUGUGACCACGCCGACAUGGUGCUGCUACUACUGCUGACUGGGGUGAAUGUUCUACUUCAGGAUGUGAAUGGAAACAUUCCACUGGACUACACCACCGAGGGAACCGAGACCAGCUACAUCCUCCGAAAACACCUAGAGGAAAACGGUAUAGAUGUGUUGUCCAUGCACACCAUGCGUACUCAGAGGCCCAGCACCAUGUUGUCUGAUGUUCGACAGCUGGUCUCCAGCGGGGUCAGUCUCAACCAACGCAACAGCGACGGGGUUACUUUGCUCCACAUAGCCUGUGCUAGUGGCUACAGGGAUGUGGUGUCUGUGCUGCUGGAGCACGGGGCGGAUCCUCAGCCCUCCGACAGCGGCUAUUGGACACCUCUCCACCUGGCUGCCAAAUAUGGACAGACAAGCAUCGUUAGCCAGCUGCUGAAGCACAGAGCAGACCCAACUCUCCUGAACUGCAACCAAGACAAGCCCUCAGGCAUAGCAGCAUCUGACCCCAUCAUGGCUAUGCUGCUGAGAGCAGAGGAAUGCUGGGUAGAGAGACUGAAGGACCCCUCUGUCCCCCCGCCCCCUUCAGACGAGCGCUACGAUGGAGGCGCACACGACCACACCAUCCUCGUCAAGAACCUAACCCCCCUGUCCAUGUCCCUCUCUAAGAGGGACAGUCUGUUGGAGAGGUGUGCCAUGUUCAGUGAGAUGGGAGGGGCGCUGAGCAGACAACCCUCACUGGACAACGGUCUGGACGGACCUACAGGACCCUACAGCAAACUAGAGCAGGUGAAGCUGAUGCCUCCAGCACCUAAUGAUGACCUGGCAUCUCUCAGUGAACUCACAAACAGCAGCCUGCUCUACGAGAUGCAGAAACGCUUUGGCAAUGACCAGAUUUAUACCUACAUCGGGCACAUUCUCCUCCUGGUCAAUCCUAACAAAGAGCUCCCCAUUUACUCUUCACUGGUGAGUCAGUUGUAUCUGAGUUCUUCAGGGCGUCUGUGCUCCUCACUGCCUCCUCACAUCUUCUCCUCAGCAGAGAGGGCCUACCACAUGAUGCUGCAGGAGCGACGCCCGCAAUGCUUCAUCCUCAGUGGGGAGAGUGGUUCUGGGAAGACAGAGGCUUGUAAACACAUAGUGAGACACCUGGCAGUGAGGUCCAGCCCCAAAGGCUUCUCUCUUGAGCCCAGGAUGAAUCAAGUGAACUGUAUCCUGGAGGCGUUUGGUCAUGCCAAGACUCCCAUGAAUGACAACUCCAGUCGCGUCAUCAAACUACUCAGCCUGCAGUACUGUGACAAGAGAAAGACACUACUCAGAGCGCGGAUAUACACAUACAUGUUGGAGAAGUCCCGGGUGGUCCACCUGCCUCGUCAGCAACACAACUUCAACAUCUUCUACCUGAUGGCUGAGGGCCUGUCGCCUGAAGAGAAGAGUGCCCUACACCUCAACAACGUCCUGUCUCACAGGUACCUGAGUGCAGGAGUUCCUGCAGAAGAUUCCCCUCCUGUGGCCUCAGCUUCAACUCAGAGUAAAGACCGUCUCACUGCAAUCAAACAGGCCCUCAGAGCUCUGGGCUUCAACAAACUGGAGAUGGACAGUGUGUUUAUGCUGCUGUCAGUGGUGCUGCAAGUUGGGGACCUCAGCUUCAUUUCACUGACAGACGUUGAGACCGCCUACCCCUCCAACAUGCAGCUGCUUGAGCGAGUAUCUGGAAUGCUACAGGUGUGUUCUGAUGACCUUAGUUCUGCCCUCACCUCAGAUGUGCAAUACUUCAAAGGUGAUGUCAUCACACGGCGUCACACGGUGGAGAUGUCACAGCACUACAGAGACCAGCUGGCUAAAGCCCUGUACGGACGCCUCUUCAGCUACCUGGUCAACAACAGCAACUACUACCUACAGGGACAGGACGACAACAUGGGAGACCCUGCUCUUGAGAUUGGAAUCCUGGACAUCUUUGGAUUUGAGGAAUUCCAGAGGAAUGGAUUUGAGCAGCUGUGUGUGAACAUGACCAACGAGCGUGUGAGGCUGUAUGUCUCCGAGGUGCUGUUCCAGCAGGAGCAGGCCGAGUGUCUACAGGAGGCCGUCGCCAUGGAGACGCUCCGGUCACCUGGCAACCAGCCUGCCAUUCUAGACUUUUUCUUCCAGAAGCCUCAAGGUCUGCUGUCUGUGAUGGAUGAGGAGAGUCAGUCGCUGAGGCCUACAGAACAGACGCUCUACAAGAGACUACAGACACACCUCGACAACACACCCACACACGGCAUCUCCCUGACAACCAAGGACGGCAAUGGAAACCCCCCACCCAUAGACCAGGGUCCUGCCUUCACUGUGAAACACUACGCAGGCCAAAUGGCCUAUGACCUCACAGGAUCCCUGGUGAAGAACAAGGACUCCCUCCCCCAAAACCUGCUACUGGUUCUGAAGUCCAGUGAGAGUGUGUUGGUGCAGCAGUUGUUCCAGUCCAAGCUGACCCAGACUGGGUCUUUGGUACCGGGCCAGGCCAGGAUGGCUCUGAGAGGGCCCAAAGCAGCACUUCUCCUAAACAGGAUGUCAUCCACUUCCACCCUGACCCCCGCAGGCCGCGAGCCUCGGAGGUACCUGGACCUCACCAAGCUCUUGAAGAAGAAGGGAGCAACAUCUUUCCUGCAGAGGCUGGAGAGGUGUGGUCCAGUUACGGUUGCUGUGCAGCUGAGGAACUCUUUGUCAGAUGUGGUCAGUAAGCUACAGGCGUGUACCCCUCACUUUGUGGAGUGUGUGCGCCCCAACAGCAGGUGCACGGCGGACUGCUUUGACAGUUUCCACGUGUCUACCCAGCUGCAGUACGUAGGGGUGCUGGAGAUGGUCCGGAUGAUCCGCUAUGGCUACCCUGUACGCCUGCCCUUCAACGGCUUCCUCACCAGGUACAGAGACCUAGUGGACACCACUCUAGCUGGCAAAAAGAAGCUGUCCUCGGAGGAGAAAUGUUGCUUUGUUCUGCAGCAGUGUAAACUCCAAGGAUGGCAGAUGAGCAGUAGUAAGGUGUUUCUGAGGUACUGGCAGGCUGACCAGCUCAAUGACCGCUGCCACCAACUACACAGGAAGAUCAUCACCUGCCAGAAAGUGAUCCGUGGCUGGCUCGCCAGACAGCGUGUGCAUCGUAGACUGUCAUCUCAACAGACGGAGGACUGCAGUGUCCAGAGGUUCCUCCAGGGGGCAGAAGACCAGGGCCUGCACACCUACGACCACCUGGUCAUCCAGAACGCCACCGACAUCGCCCGCGAAAGUGACCACCAGCGCUGCCAUGGCAACGGGUCACACGGCAACAGCCCGCCCCUCGGGGACAGGCCCGAGCCAGUUGGGAAAGAGGAGGACACACCCAAGAGGGUUGUGGAGAAGAGCAGAAGAAACCAAGAUGGCUCGGUUAGUGGGGGGAGCCGGACUAUCCGCCACUUCCGCUCCAGCUCAGUGCCCAUCCCCCUGGCUAUGGAGAACUUGGUACAUUACAGCCCUGGACCAUCCAUCAAAACAGCCCUGCAGCAGGUGGCCUAUAACAACGAGGAUGGGGGAGGAGGGCUCGCAUCGCCACGGAAACAGCCUCCCCCUAAACCCAAGCGGGACCCCAACACUCGUUUGAGUGCGUCGUACGAGGCGGUCAGUGCCGGACUGACCCUGGGACCCUCGAGAGAGAGUCCCACCCCCGAAGGCUGCGGGUCGCCUGCAGGGAGCCCCCCAAAAACACAGCUGUCACCUACGGAUGCUCUGUCCAAGCCGCGGCCCCACAGUGAUGACUACACGACCAUGAGGAAGGUGCCUCCUCCCAAGCCCAAGAGGAGCCCAAACACCAAGCUCACGGGCUCCUACGAAGAGAUCAACGCUGCCGGCAUUAACCUCCUCCAGCUGCGCCCUGCCGACGUCAAACUGGCCCUGCUGUCCCACGCUGGGGGACUGGGGGGGGUGAUGCGGCACACAGCGUCUGUGGAUGGCCCACAGGCGGUGACACUGAGCCUUCACCAUGACCAGGAUGAGGAGGAUGUGUACAUAGAGAUGGUGGGGGCUCAUGCCAGGAGUUACAGUCUGGGAGGCGGCCACCAGGACCCCCCCAACAGCCCCCAGCAGGGAGAUGCCGAGGCCGUCUACGAGGAGAUGAAGUACUUCCUGCCCGAGGAGGUGGGACUUCCGGUGGGAAGCACGGUUGCCAUGGCGACAGCCGCUGGGAAGUUGGAGGUGUUAGGGUUGAUGUUAGGGUUGAGCUUGUCUCCCUCUCAGAGUGGGGAGGGAAAGAGGGCAGGGCUGGGGGGUCUAGCCACCACUAUGGAGGCCCAAACAUCCGCCACCGGAGGGGCCAGCAAUAUCCCUGCACCCUUCCCCAACCUGCUCCCACCGCCCCCUCUCCUGGUGUUCCCCCCCCCCGUCACCUGCUCCCCUGCGUCUGAUGAGUCGCCCCUCACCCCUUUGGAGGUGAAGAAGCUGCCUGUGUUUGAAACCAACCUGAACUACGCCGGCCCAGACAGCCCCCUCCCCCAGUACUCCCGCCAGCGUGCUGACUUCCCCUCUCUCUCCAUCCUCCUCCCAGACAAGCCCACUCCUCCUCUCACCCCUCCUCCUCCUCCCCAUGCCCUGCCUCCUCCCUACCGCCCCCCUCCCACUUUCUUUCCCCCAGAGUCCAGCAUCCUCUCCCUUACCCGGGCUGCUUCCGUCACGGGAGGUGGCAGCUCGGACUCUCCCAAACCCUCCUACUCCUCCUCCUCUUCCUCCUCCUCUCAUAGGGCUGGAGGAGAGAAGCCCCCUCCCUACUCUCCGGCCAAGUCCACCCGUCCAGAGCCACGCCGUUCCCACUCCUGCUCCUCCUCGCCCCUGCUGUUCAACCCAGCCAACGGGAGACCCCUGACUAGCCCUCAGCCAGCCCUGGAUGAGCUCAACACCCUGUUUAGCUCUGGACGCAGCCUGCUCAAGAAGACCACUAGUGGACGCAAGAUGAGGGAGGGAGGGUUCAACUCCAACAUCAACCUGCCAGGUAGAGAGGAGCACCCAGGCUCCACCCCCACCUCCUCGUCUCCGCAGCUACAGGACAAGAACGCCAACAACCACACCCCCUCCCCAAGCCCCACUCCCAUUGAGAACGGCAACCGGCUGUCCAACGGGUCAAUGGAAGAUGAGGGUCACACAAAGUCAAACUCUUCCAGCUCAUCGUCUCUGCACAGGCAUAUGGACAGCCAUCACACUCAGGUGAUCCAGCGUCUACGUGGAUGUGGGGGGGACGAGGCCGCCACCCUGGGGGAGUUGCUCCGCUGGCGCAGGGCGCUGUGUGAGGGGCGGGCCGACUGGAGGCACCAACGGGACGUCAACGGAACACCACAAACCCCACCCACCACACUGGUCAGGGCUAAUAGGAAGUCUUCUCCAUAGUGGGAGGAUGUCCAACCUGGGAUAUGCCCACUUUCCAUGUCUCACACUGCCUUUCUUGUCUGCCUCCUGCCACGCCCUCCUGCCCAUGUCUGCCACCCCAUUCGGCAAAGGACAGGUCUGAGAGAGAGGCAUUUCAUUGGCUAGGACUGCCCAACCCACAAGAGCAUUAACAGAUAAAGGAGGGAGAAAGGGAAUAGAGCAGCAAUCAGGAUCCAUUUUAUCUUAUCUAUCUCUCUCUCGCUCUCUCUCUCUCUCUCUCUCUCUCUCUCUCUCUCUCUCUCUCUCUCUCUAACAAGCUGAAUGUAGGCUAACAGAGGAGAGGACUGUACAUACAAUAGUUGCUAUGUGGAAUGAGGUUUGCCUAUGUGUUUUCUGUCUGUAGUAAAUAUGGUGCACGUUCUCUCUCUAUCAAAGCCUACCAUGCAGUUACUGCUUACGCAACAUCUCCCAGCCCAAACCCCAAACCCCAAAACAUGGUGCUGAUGUCACUCUGUGUGAUGUUAUAUGUGUCAGGUGUGUGAUGCGCACUAGGAUGAAGCUGCCCCGGCCUAGACGCUGAUCUAGGGUCUGUUUUUGCCUUUACCCUCUGAUGCUCAUGGGGAAGGUAAGUUGAUCCUAGAUCUGUGCCUAUGGGCACAACAGAACAUGUGUGUACCCUUCCCUCCAGACAUGUCUGAAGUUUACAAGCGAGCCAAGGCCUUUAAACAUCUGUGUUAAACCUCACUGCUCUGGCUUACAGACCAGUUAUCAUCUCUAGGACCAGGAGGUUUUCCUGACCAUGUGAUCUGACCAGGGAAAACUCCUGUCUCUAGUCUUCUGGACUCCUUCAGGUAUCAGCUACCGCUUUAGCCUCACGCUACAAGGUGCUUUAGGUGCCUCUGUAACCCUGGCAACAAUAGCUCAGAGUUCAGGGGUCAGGAAAACCUCAGCGAUAUCCCAUGGUGCACUUGUUUCAUCCCCAGCUAGCCAACAGCCUUUCGCUUUAGCGCGAACAGAACAUCCACAACAGUAAAAAAAAAAAAAAAAACACUGGCAGAUAUUACUGACUAGGCAAGACAAUAGCAGAGCUGUAUUUUACAACGAUGGCCAUAGUAGCUAGUUCAUGUAGCUAGAUCACCUGUGAUCAGAUUGUAUCAAUGUCCUGUAAGGUUUUUACUGGGCUUAGUGCCAUACAACGGGACUCUAGGCCAGUCAACCUCAGCUAUGGCUGAUGUAUUUUACUGAUGUGUUUGUGUAGAGCACACAAACAGACUGAAUAAAGAACAGUGUAGAUGACCAACGCACAACUAUCUGUCACAGUCCCUCAAUUAACUACUUAUCUAGACUUAUUCUACAAACAUCUCAGAGAAAUAAGCUCUAAACCACAAUGGUACUUUCUUCAUAUUAGCGUCCCAUUUGAUAUGUUCUAUCUUGUGUAAAUCGAUGUUAGGAGCCUGUACACUUUUCUGUACAUUUCAAGGAUGCAACUGGAGCACAACAGAGUUCUCAUGUAAAGCUACCCCAUCCUCCUCAAUCACUCUCUUUAUUUCCCUCCCAAACCCUGCAAUAUCCCAACACCCCCCCCCCUCCCCAAGAUACUGUAGGGGUCAGAGGGCAUUGCCAGGGUAACCUCCCUGUAAAUAAUGGCCUAUGUUUAAUUGUCAAAUGUUUUAAUUUACUAUAUCAGAAUAGCACAGAAAUGGGAAGAUUGAAAGGGAUUUGGAGAAUUGUCUAUAUGGCAGAUGGAGAAUUAUAUGAUUGUCUUGGGUUUAAUGCAAUGACUGAGGCAAAGAGAAGAGGUUUAUUUUAUAAGGUGAACACCUUUUUGCGGAAUGAUUGUCUACUACUAUGAAACUUCUUUAUACUGUAUUUAUUUAGUUGGUUUGUUUGUUUCCCUGCGAUACCAUUGUAAGACAAUAUUACAGUGCCGAAAGACUGAGGUUUCCAUCAUUUGUCUGAUGGUUGUUUGGAUGAUAAAUUGCACAAUAUUGAUGUUUGGUGGGGUUUCCACAUCGUAAAGGAGUAGCUAGAAGUUGCCCCUAACCAGUGAUAUAGGAUCAGAUAUUUUAACAUCCCCCUAAUGGUUACGGUUAUGAUUGGGGAGGGUAAUCUGACCAUGGUAAAUUGGAUGGGUGUGCCUCUGCAAGCCGUUGGUUCUUAGAAGAUUGGUUUGACUGUAAAAGCCAGGAAGUAUCAAUAGCUCUGAUUGAUUUCUCAUUUACACUGAUCACCCUUCAACAGUCUGAUUGAUCCUGUAUUAGGAAUUAGCAGCGCCAUCACUAGCGCGUCCUUGGUUGUUGAUUGAGCCGUGUGUGAGUGUGUGUAUGUGAUAAGAAACACUACAUUUUCUACAGAAAUUGGGCAAAGAUCACAUCAAACAUUGACUAGGAGUGAGCCACUUAACCAGACCUUCUGAACACCCAAGCUCUGCUAAUGACAAUGGAAUACACUAUUUCAAAGUGAUAGUGUUAAGAUACCAUGUCUAUAUGUGAUUGGACGAUGCUUUAGGAUUGGAACGGAGGUGAAACAACACGUCUGGAUAGAACAAUACAGUUGGUCAUAUUGUAGUUCUACAUCAUGUACAUAUGACUAUUGGACAGAGCUGCCACAGUGCACACAGUAUACACUACUUUCAUUGAGACAGUACCAGUCAAUACCAGUAUCCUACACACAAAAUAAAUCACUUCAUAUAGGUAGGUGUACCACUCCUACUCCGAUGUGCUGAGGUCCACCACUAAACAGGGUUAAGGUUCGUCCUGUUUUGUAUUGUGUCUAUUUAUCCCAUACUACUAUGAAUGAUUUAGUGAAGCAGUGAAAACAUGAUGAGGAUGAAGAGGUAUGCAUACUUUUUUAAGGCAUUUCAGACAGGAUGUUAGUUCUUUGUCUCUCUGCAUGAUCUGACCACUCAUCAUUUCCUCUUACCCACCGAUGCACGGCAGUUAACGCUUGAUAUUUGAAUAUCCGUUUACCCUUUACACUGUGAAUCACUGCACUGUCUCACACUGCCAUGGCACACUGCCAUUUCACACUGCCAUUUCACACUGUCAUUUAAGACUGCCAUGUCUCCUAUGCGCUUGUCACCCUACCAUGUUUCCCCUUCCAAAGGAAACCUUAAAAUACAGUAAAAGCUACACACAUAUGUCCCCCAACCCCGAUCCCCAAUGUGUUUUCUGACUUCACAACUGAUCUAAAGAACUAGGUAGUGCCAUUUUUCAUUCAUAGUCAGGUCUCCCUCUCUUUGUCAUAAGGUUCCUAGACCAGAUGUCUGGUGCUAAAGCCAGUGCAGAAGGGGCAUUUUACUGUUCUCAGUCCAUGUACAGUAUUCCAAUGAUACAUAUUUUAGCACAUAGGCAUAUCACAGCCUUGUUUUCAUAGUUGUUGUUUUCUUCCCCUCUUUUUGACAGACAUACAGUAUAUUUUACCUGCAUACAUUGUGUUUGUGGAAAAUCAGAAUUAUAUAUGUGUUGUUUCAUGUUUUGUUUCCAAUGUUUUAUAAAUACCUGUACAGCAAUAAAGCACAAUUGUGCCCAUUCCCUUG